GCUCAGUCCGCGCUGAACUCACACUACGAGCAGAGCGAAUGGAGGAGGCGGCAUCGCCCGUGAAUCGCUCCGCUACAAAAAGCCCUUCCCCUCGGACGCCAGCAGGAUUUUAACCCGACACACGAACACCGCAGCGGGCCGAAGAGACGCCGCCGCCGCGACGGUUGGGCGUUUAUUUUUGUUUGUUUGUUUUUCUUCUUGAAAAGUCAAAAGCAGAUCCGUUGCCUGUCAUUCAGAGAAAAAAAAGAAAACGAAAAAAGGGCGUGUGCGCGGGGCGAAGGCGGUUGGGACCAUUUAAUGUUAAUGUGGGUGUACGUAGUAUUUUAGAUUUAUUCUUUCCCACACCAUCUGGGGCUCCGAAGGACGACACACACACACACGCACACGCACGAGGAUGGGAUGCACGCUGAGCACCGAGGACAAGGCGGCGGUGGAGCGCAGCAAGAUGAUCGACCGGAACCUGCGGGACGACGGGGAGAAGGCGGCCCGGGAGGUCAAGCUGCUGCUGCUCGGAGCUGGUGAAUCGGGGAAAAGUACAAUCGUCAAGCAGAUGAAGAUCAUCCACGAGGCCGGCUACUCAGAAGAGGAAUGCAAGCAGUACAAGGCUGUGGUCUACAGCAACACUAUCCAAUCCAUCAUCGCCAUCAUUAGAGCCAUGGGGCGCCUCAAGAUCGACUUUGCAGACGCCGCCAGAGCGGACGACGCGCGGCAGCUGUUUGUGCUGGCCGGCUCGGCGGAGGAAGGCUUCAUGACGGGAGAGCUGGCCGGUGUCAUCAAGCGACUGUGGAGGGACGGAGGCGUCCAGGCCUGCUUCGGCCGCUCCCGCGAGUAUCAGCUCAACGACUCGGCGGCCUACUACUUGAACGAUUUGGACAGGAUAUCCCAGGCCACCUACAUCCCGACCCAGCAGGACGUCCUGAGGACUCGAGUCAAAACCACAGGCAUCGUGGAGACCCACUUCACAUUCAAGGACCUGCACUUCAAAAUGUUUGACGUCGGCGGUCAGCGGUCCGAGAGGAAGAAGUGGAUCCACUGCUUCGAGGGCGUGACCGCCAUCAUCUUCUGCGUGGCCCUCAGCGACUACGACCUGGUGCUGGCCGAGGACGAGGAGAUGAACCGGAUGCACGAGAGCAUGAAGCUGUUUGACAGCAUCUGCAACAACAAGUGGUUCACGGACACCUCCAUCAUCCUCUUCCUCAACAAGAAGGACCUGUUUGAGGAGAAGAUCAAGAGGAGCCCUCUGACCAUCUGCUACCCGGAAUACGCUGGCUCCAACACGUACGAGGAGGCCGCCGCCUACAUCCAGUGUCAGUUUGAGGACCUGAACAAGAGGAAGGACACCAAGGAGAUCUACACCCACUUCACCUGCGCCACCGACACCAAGAAUGUGCAGUUUGUCUUCGACGCCGUCACCGACGUCAUCAUCAAGAACAACCUGAAGGACUGCGGCCUCUUCUGAGGAGAGCGGCGGGGAGGAUGACCUUUUUUCUCCUCUUUUUUUCUCUCGGCGGUGGAGCCCGUUUCCUUGUGCAUCUUUGGUGAAGAAGACGAGUCUGGAGGAUCAGUCAGCGCUGUACUAUAUGCCACUUUUAACAGCUUUAUUUAUGUUUUUGUCUUGGGGUGUUUCGAGCUAGCGUAGCGCCAUUCGUGUAAGAUGUUUGUGUCACCACAAAAGAAUUCCCCCACACUUUUCAAAAAAAUUCUAAUUUCAAUGUAGUUUAUUUUUGUAUUGGAUUUUUCGAGGAGGAGGAGGAAUUGCUGUUUUUUUGCUGUUCCUCCUGCGUUGGAAACGUUGUCGUUGGUGGAAAACGCUUCUUUUCUUCCUUCUAUUCAAAAGGCAAGAAGAGGGGUAAAAACUUUUGAGUGCGUCGGUACUUGUGCCUUCGCGUGCUUUCUACUGCGGCCGUGGUCCCAGCGCUCCUUCCGCUGCCUGCUGAAUCGUUCCGAACAUAAAGAGGUGAACUGUUCUCACGUGUUAGUGUCCCUGCUAUGUACAUGCGCGGUUUUCAUGCAUCAACAUGUAGCCUCCACAGUCCUUUACCCCCCCCCCCCCUCGAUUACCCCGUACGAUACUGAGCUGCAUAUUGUUACAUUUGCCCUGAAGAUCGGGGGUUCUGGUUUUUAAACUUCACAAAAUAUCCAUUCUUCUUUCUGAAGAUGGUCGGGUCGGGUUAAGAGCUCGUAAAACACUCGCGGGUUUUGGGUCAAAAGGUCACGGUGGGCAAAUUUUAAUGCAUAUUUUAAUGUAUUUGGAGGAGAGCUUUAGGUGUUAAAGAGAGAAAAAAAAAAAACGAAACUAGCGACGAGAUUGUUGCGAGGACGAGGUCGGAAAUGUUUUUUUGUUUUUUUUUAGAGAGUGGAGGCGCCGCUCGACCGUCCGCGAAGCCUUUUUUCAAUCCGCUGAUGGAAACCGAGCGGGUCGAGGGGUCCUGGUCUGUGAUUUUUAGAUCAGGGCUACUUUGCCAAGAGGAGUGACAAACAUGGUCCUGGAUCUGUUCAUGUAAAGAAACUGCCACAAUUGUCUGUGUGUGUGUGUGUAUGUUCUCUGCGGAUGGAGAACCUUUGUAGAUUCAUCUCCCUUAUUUUGCUAAUAAAAACCAUUUCCAAAGCA